CAGCCGCCGCCCCGAAAAGUGAAGCCGGCCCAGGAAGUGAAGCUUCGCUUCCUGGAGCAGCUGAACAUCCUUCAGACCCGGCAGCAGAGGGAGGCGGAUCUGCUGGAGGACAUCAGACCUGUUGGAAGGCUGGCGGACACUGUACCCAGGCCCCCCAUCAGUCCUCACCUCCAAGCCCACAGAUGGUUCUCCAUGGGUGGGGAGGAUCCCGCUGAGGCUCUGAGCAAUGAGAUCCUACAGCAAGCAGAGGGCAGCCAUUGAACGAGAGUAUGGGCAGGCACUCCAGAAACUGGCUGGGCCAUUCCUGAAGAGAGAAGGGCAGCGGAGUGGGGAGAUGGACAGCAGACAUUCUCUGGGGAGAGGCAGGAUGGUGUUUGGUGCCUGGCGCUGCCUGCUGGAUGCCACCGUGGCUGGGGGCCAAGCCCGGCUCCAGGCGUCCGACCGAUACCGUGACCUGGCAGGGGGCACAGGGCGGAGUGCCAAGGAGCAGGUGCUUAGGAAGGGAGCGGAGAACCUCCAGAGAGCGCAGGCUGAGGUGCUGCAGUCUGUCAGGGAGCUGAGCCGAAGUCGGAAGCUGUAUGGGCAGCGGGAACGCGUGUGGGCCUUGGCACAGGAGAAGGCGGCUGAUGUCCAGGCCAGGCUGAACCGAAGUGACCAUGGGCUCUUCCACACCAGGACCAGCCUCCAGAAACUCAGCACUAAGCUGUCCGCUCAGUCAGCCCAGUACUCCCAGCAGCUGCGAGUGGCCCGCAAUGAGUACCUGCUCAACUUGGCAGCCACAAAUGCCCACCUUGACCACUACUACCAGGAGGAACUGCCGACCCUGCUCAAGGCCCUGGUCAGCGAGCUGUUGGAACACUUGAGGGACCCCCUCACCUUACUGAGCCGCACUGAGCUGGAAGCUGCAGAGACGGCCCUGGAGCAUGCCCACCGCGGGGGGCAGGCAACCUCCCAGGUAAGCUGGGAGGAGGAUCUGAAGCUCUUUCUUCAGGAACCUGGAGUAUUUUCCCCCACACCACCUCAGCAGUUUCAGCCAGCAGGGACGGAUCAGGUGUGUGUCUUGGAGCUGGAGGGGGGCGCAGGAAGCAUGCCUGGGGAGAGCAGCCUGGAGAAAGAGGUUCAGCGCUGGACCAGCCGAGCUGCCCGUGACUACAAGAUCCAGAACCACGGGCAUCGGGUGCUGCAGCGGCUGGAGCAGAGGCGGCAGCAGGCUACGGAGCGAGAGGCUCCAGGCAUAGAACAGCGGUUGCAGGAAGUGAGGGAGAGCAUCAGGCGGGCACAGGUGAGCCAGGUGAAGGGGGCUGCCCGGCUGGCCCUGCUGCAGGGGGCUGGCCUGGAUGUGCAGCAUUGGCUGAAGCCAGCCAUGACCCAGGCUCAGGAUGAGGUGGAGCAGGAGCGACGGCUCAGUGAGGCUCGGCUGUCCCAGAGGGACCUCUCUCCCACGGCUGAGGAUGCUGAGCUCUCUGACUUUGAGGAAUGUGAGGAGACAGGGGAGCUCUUUGAGGAGCCCGCCCCCCCAGCCCUUGCCACCAGGCCCCUCCCCUGUCCGGCACAUGUCGUGUUUGGCUAUCAGGCAGGGCGUGAGGACGAGCUGACCAUCACAGAGGGCGAGUGGCUGGAGGUCAUAGAGGAGGGAGAUGCUGACGAAUGGGUUAAGGCUCGGAACCAGCAUGGCGAGGUAGGCUUUGUCCCUGAGCGGUAUCUCAACUUCCCGGACUUCUCCUUCCCUGAGAGCGGCCAUGACAGCGAGAAUCCCUCGGGGGCAGAGCCCACAGCGUUCCUAGCCCGCGCCUUGUACAGCUACGCAGGACAGAGCGCAGAGGAGCUGAGCUUCCCUGAGGGGGCGCUCAUCCGCCUGCUGCCCCGGGCCCAGGAUGGAGUGGAUGACGGCUUCUGGAGGGGAGAAUUUGGGGGCCAUGUUGGGGUCUUCCCCUCUCUGCUGGUUGAGGAGCUGCUUGGCCCUCCAGGGCCAUCUGAACUCUCAGAUCCUGAACAGAUGCUGCCAUCCCCUUCUCCUCCCAGCUUCUCCCCUCCUGCACCCACCUCUGCCUUGGAGGGGCCCCCUGCACCUGUCCUACCUGGGGAGAGUGCCACUGUCCUAAGUGCUGGAGAUAACAGCAGUGAACAAAACAGCCUGAAGACUGACUUUUUUCCAGACCAAGACCUGGACUGCCCUGGACCCCUGGACAUGAUGGCGCCUCGACUCAGGCCGAUGCGUCCACCGCCUCCCCCACCAGCCAAAGCCCCGGAUCCUGGCCACCCAGAUCCCCUCACCUGAAGCCAGGGGAUCUCUGCCCCCCAGUGAUGCUGCCGCCCCUAUCUCCACGCUGUCAGAGAACACCCCCUCAAUGAUCCAGAGUGACACAGCCAAAAGCAGGAAUCUUCCCCAUUUCCACUCUCACUUCCAGGAGUAGAAACUUCCCCUCUCCCCAUUUCUGGGGCUAGAACCCACUCCUUUUCCCCCAUCGUGCUCCUGCCAUUUCUAGGGCUGGAACUACUCCUUUCUCUUCUGCCACCACCCAUCUCUAAGGUGGUGAAAUGUCCUGAAAUCUCUGGGGCUGGAACCCAUCCCUCAAAGUCUUGAGUGGCUCCGGCCCAUCUGUGUAUGCACCCUGGCUCUGUGUCCCACCCCACUCCAGAUGCCAGGGCCACUGGGUUGGGUGCUGGGACAGGGGUGGGCCUGUCAGAAGGAGCUGGAGCCAGUAUGCAAAGCAGCUGUAAUGGUCUGAGCGGAUUUAUUGACAGUGAAUAAAGGGCACGAAGCCCAAGCCAGA